ACUCACCCCCACCUCACCGAACUAUGAUAUGAUCUCACCAAUCACGGCUUUAGUCACUCCAUUGGUCUUGAACGUCAGUACCAUCGUCAGCGACUACAACGCCACCACAGCCAACUACAACUAUCUUUACACAGCCGUUACCGCUGACGUCACCAACUCCAAUGCGACAUCUUACGGUACCAAUGGAAGUUAUAACGGAAGUAUGGAGUACGGCAGCCCAGUGUUUCCUAAUUAUAUUAGGACUACAUCAAUGGUGUUCUGCAUAAUAAUAAUGUGCCUCGGAGUGAUCGGGAACGUGAUGGUGCCGAUAGUGAUAUUCAAAACGAAAGAUAUGCGAAACAGUACUAACAUAUUUCUAGUGAACCUUAGUGUGGCCGAUCUUAUGGUGCUGCUAGUGUGCACGCCGACGGUACUAGUCGAAGUGAACUCGAGACCGGAAACAUGGGUACUAGGAAGAGAAAUGUGUAAGGCAGUUCCUUUUGUCGAACUGACAGUGGCUCACGCCUCAGUACUGACCAUCCUAGCCAUCAGCUUCGAAAGGUACUACGCCAUCUGCAAGCCGCUCAAAGCGGGCUACAUUUGCACCAAAGCCAGGGCAUUGCUCAUAUGCCUUCUUGCCUGGUUUAUAGCGGCUGUAUUCACCAGUCCAAUUUUGGCAAUCACCCAAUACGGAUCUGAGAAGUACUUUGACGGAUCUGUGGUCUUCGUCUGCUUCAGCAUGGUCGAAGAUCUGCUGCCUUGCAUCUUCUUCAUCGGAUCUGUCAUCGUGUUCUUCAUUUUUCCAUUGGCCAUACUCAUAUGCGUCUACGCUCUGAUAGCUAGAACCUUGAUGACACAUCCUAAUAAUUUAGAUGGUUUACAGAACAAAAGCGUUACAGUACCUAGUCAGAGCGUCAUCAAAUACAGGAAACAAGUAAUGAUGAUGCUGGGUACUGUAGUGUUGGCAUUCUUUAUAUGCCUGUUGCCAUUUAGAGCUUUAACACUUUGGAUCAUCAUCAGUCCUGCUGAUUCUAAUUUUAACAUAGGUUUGGAAACAUACUACAACAUACUCUACUUUUCAAGAAUAAUGUUCCACAUCAAUUCUGCCGUCAACCCUAUUUUAUACAACAUAAUGAGCUCAAAAUUUCGAGGUGGGUUUUUGAAGCUCUGUGGCUACAAACAAUUAAGGAGAAGAUUAAGAAAGACUGAAAUAAUAAGGAAAAGCACCACUAGUUCUACAACACCCAGUAGUCAGCAAACAUCAGAAAGCAGCCUCAAAAACACAAGAAACCAAAGAGGGUAUUCAAGUAGCCUGAAAGAAGUCAAAGAAAAUCCCAAGGAAGAGGAUGCUUUGACAAAUUCUACAAAGAAAAUGCCAUGCAAUUUGAACAAAAGUGUCUAUAUUAGAGCUCCUUUGCAAAUCGUAGGUGGCGUUGCAGGACACAAAUUAAAUUUUGGAAACGAGAUAUACGUGUAA